UAAUCUAAUCAAACUGCAACUUUUCAGGUUUUGAUUAUUGGAGGAUCAACAGGAACCAUGUUAGAAGCCUUGGAAGUUGUGGGUGAUGGUCAUGCUGGCUCCUUGGGUGAAACCUUUGAGGGGAACAAUGGAUAUAUAGCUCCUUCUUAUAGUGAUGAAUCUUAUGAUGGUGAAUCGUCAUCAGGGAACAGGUUCAGGAUGAAACUUAAGGAGUUCCACAAAAGCACGACUUCAUUUUCAGCACUGGACAAAAACUACCUCACUCCAUUCUUUACUACUCAAGGUGGAGAUGAAGAUGAAGAUGAGCCAAUUAUGCACAGCUCCAGAAGGGGUGUUUAUGAUGGCCACAACUGACUUUCAAAGACCACAGUCAAAUUUCCAGAUAACAAGACUCGUACAAACUACUUUUUGCUGCAAAGAUAAAAUCAACUUCAAGCAUACUCUGCGGAUCAAUGGGGAUGAGUGGCUUGUUGAUUGUAAUUAUGCAUCAAUUAUGACGAAAAGUUUAGAUUCUUUAGGGGUACAAAAAGAAAUAACAGAUGGUAUCGGUAUAGGAAGUUCAGGAUUAAACAUACCUGGCAGAGCAAAGCACCUGAUAUAUUGUAUAUGAAUAUGAAUAUUCAAGCCAGGAUUAGGACCGGAAACAGGAUUCCAUUGAGAGUGGCUUGUAUAUGCUGAAAUGGCUAUACUAUUCGUUCAUCUUUAAAUUUUACAGGUUAAUGCAGGUCUAAAAAUGUUUUAUCUCUAA